AUGUCUGAUUUCGAAGAGUUUGAGAAGCAGCUGAGCGAGAACCGACAAGAGCGGGAGCGGGAGCGGCACAAAAAGCGGAGUCGCAGCGGCUCGCCGCCCGCCCGCGCAGACAAGCACCGCAGCCGGGAGAAACGCAGCCGCAGCCGGGACCGGAAGAGCCGGGACCGCCGCAGCUGCUCCCGGGACCACAAGAAGCACAGCCGCUCUCCCAGGCGCACCAGGAAGAAACGGACCUGCAAGUACUGGGACGUUCCUCCGCCCGGCUUUGAGCACAUCACACCGAUGCAGUACAAAGCUAUGCAAGCGGCCGGUCAGAUCCCGACGAUAGCCCUGCUGGCCUCGUCCACCACCACCGGAGUGGCCGCCGCCCCGACCCAAGUGCCCAUCAUGCGCCUGGCCGGCCUCUCACAGGCCCCGAGCAACCCCGUCCUCGCCGUGCAGAUCAACCAGGACAAGAACUUUGCUUUCCUAGAGUUCCGCUCUGUGGACGAGACCACGCAGGCCAUGGCCUUCGACGGGAUCAUCUUCCAGGGCCAGUCGCUGAAGAUCCGGCGCCCUCACGACUACCGGCCUCUGCCUGGCAUUUCCGAGCAGCCGGCUUUCCACGUCCCGGGCGUUGUCUCCACAGUGGUGCCAGAUUCCCCCCAUAAGCUCUUCAUCGGAGGCCUGCCCAACUACCUUAACGAUGACCAGGUUAAGGAGCUCUUGACGUCCUUUGGGCCGCUCAAAGCCUUCAACCUGGUGAAGGACAGCGCCACCUCGCUGUCUAAAGGUUACGCCUUCUGUGAAUACGUGGACAUCAGCGCCACCGAUCAGGCCGUGGCCGGGCUCAACGGGAUGCAGCUCGGGGACAAAAAGCUGAUCGUCCAGAGGGCGAGCGUCGGAGCUAAAAACGCCAAUCCUGUGCCCGGGCUGCAGAGGCUGCAGACCUCGGGCCUGCCCACCGCGGUGCUGUGCCUUCUGAACAUGGUGAUGCCCGAGGAGCUGGUGGAGGACGACGAUUACGAGGAGAUCCUGGAGGACAUCCGGGAGGAGUGCUGCAAGUACGGCAGCGUCCGCUCCAUCGAGAUCCCCCGGCCGGUGGCCGGCGUGGAGGUCCCCGGCUGCGGAAAGAUUUUCGUGGAGUACGUUUCUGCUGCAGACUGUCAGAAAGCCAUGCAGGCGCUCACCGGCCGCAAGUUUGCCAACAGAGUGGUGGUCACCAAAUACUACGACCCCGACAUGUACCACAGGCACGAGUUCUGACAGCCUUCGUUCUGUUUGUCGUUUAGACGCCACACCCGGAAAAAAGACUCUGCUCCUGCUCAUUUUAACACCCUGGACCCCAGUGUGAGUUCCCUCAAAGCUGAAUUACUCCUCGCCUUUGCCCAACACACAACCUGAAAUAAGCCUGAAAUGUACAUUUGCAGUAUCUAAUCUGACGUGUAUCUAAUCUAACGUAAUACUGCCUGACAGAGCCAGAAUGCACUACUAUAACAGAAAAAACAGUCAAAUGUUUAGGUUUUCUUCCUUGAGCACAAAAAAAAGCCAUCCUGGUGAUUUUUAUGUGGCUGCGCCAAAUUUAUAUUUCAUUAUUAAUUUAUUUAUCUGUUUAUUUAUUAUCCCAAAGUAACAUUUCCUGCUGAAUGCGCCACGUUAGUGUUCAUAAACCUAUAAAUGCUGUUAGCUGUGCCGCUUCUGUAGACAAACCGUCGACUUGUUUUGUCAGAAUUUAAAUGGAUUUUGUUAGAUUAACCUCUACAAAGGGACUUUUGUAAACGUAGAAUAGUUUUUCUGAAAAAAAAAUCAUUUAUUUGACUGGGAAGACUCUGCGAGCAGCAUGAAUUAGCAAAAAGACACGCGGGGAGAUUCAAUUAGAGCAGAACGACCGGUUCAAGCCCUCUUUGUUUGGAUUUAAGUUGGAGCUUCUUAAAGUCAAAGAGGGAUUCCUCAUGGCUUCUUAAAGGUUUUUCAAAGGACCCGAGGCCCGUUAUGGUCCGAGGCGGUAGCUGAUGUUUGUUCGUGCAGAUUCUCAUUCACCAGGUCCUGGUGACCCUCAUAGUCCUGAACUUCUGCUUGGAUCUUAAAGGCGUUUCUCCUCUCAGCCUGGAGGAUUUUUCAGCUCUAAGCUACAUAGUGGAGGCUCAGCUUAAAGCAGCCCCCCAGACCAUGAGUUAGCAAUUCUACCUAUAGAUGGUCUAAAUGUCUGAAAGGUGAGUUUUGGUCCCAGUCCAGGCUGGGAAACCUCCUGGGAGGAGCCAAAAGGUGAUUCCUAAACCCCUUUCCUCUCUUAAAAAAUGGCCCUCAAAGCAUCCUGCUCUUCUGUUCAGAUGUGGACAUUACUGUCCUCCCAGGGUGUCUUCUCCCUCAGAUGGAGAACUGCUGAGUCAUGGCCUCCGAACUACCAGCUUCAUAGUCAAAACCAACCACCACAUCAAGCACAUUUAAAUAAAAAACCCAGAUCCUAUUAAGCUAACGUAGCUAUUUAGAUAAAAUGAAGCUUUGUGAGGUGUUUGUGCAUGUUAAUGCAUUCACACCGCUUCUGUAAUUUUAUCCAAACGUCAGGACUACUAGUUUAGUCUCUGCACACACACGACUUCCC